CAGCAAGCCAGAGAAUUUUUAGUUAUGGCAUUUGCCAUGCUACGGCCCAUGGCGACUCAUCUAGCGUACCCGGAUGUUGCCAUGAUGUCCGAGGAUGAGGAGAACCGCAGCGAGAGCGACGGCAGUUCGGAGCAGAGCUACGGCUGCUGUCCCAGUGCGGAGAAGCGGCGGCAGAUGUCCACGGUGAGCAGUGUGGUGAUAGUAAAGCAACGGAACGCAGCCAACGCGCGGGAACGCGACAGGACGCAGAGCGUCAACACUGCUUUCACGGCGUUACGGACUCUUAUUCCCACCGAGCCGGUGGACAGAAAGCUAUCAAAGAUUGAGACUCUGCGCUUAGCCUCCAGUUACAUCUCACAUCUGGCCAAUGUGCUCCUUAUAGGGGACGGAGGAGAGGACGCGCAGCCGUGCGUGAGCGCGGUUUACAGCGCGCAGGGGGACAGCGGAGGAAAGCAGCCGCGCACCAUAUGUACUUUUUGCCUCAGCAGCCAGAGAAAAGGGAUAAAGGACGGGACUGACUGUGUCCGUAUGCGGGGUAUCACGUCAUUGCGCGUGACACGCCGGUAGCAGCGGCAGCGGCGCGUGAGAUAAAGCCGCAACUCAGGGAGCACGAGAGUUGAGCGAGACUCCUCGCGACGGAGAUUUUCGGAAGAGUCGCCAUUCAAACAAGAGUUAAUUUUGAGUUUUCUGUACCUUUUCAUUGUGUGAUUUGUAUAAAGAUAUGAACAUUUUAAAUGCAGUGCAUAUUUUUUUUUUCUUUUUCGUUUUCUUUUUUUGUUAAAGAGAAUUUAUACAUUUUAUACCCAAAUUGUGAAAACACCAUGGUGAAAUAAAAUAUAUAUUUUU